AUGCCCCAGACGACGAUCACGAUCCCGUCGAACUUCUUCCAGUCCUACCCCAUCUACAUCGUGCGCAUCGACGCGCGCAUGAACCGCCUCGACGGCAAGAUGGGCCAGUUCGCCGCGCGCGCCAUCGCCGCGAACAAGACGCUCACGUACCUGGACCUGCGCUACAACAACAUCGACGACGACGGCGGCGUCGCUCUGGCCAAAGCGUUGAAGAAGAACGAGUCGCUGACGCUCGGCUGCGAACUGGACACGCUCGACGUGUCGGCCAACAGUUUAGGCGAGACGGGCGGCCUCACGAUCGCGCGCGCGAUGGAGCUCAACGUCACCCUGACGGACGUGGACAUGAGCCGCAACGAGCUCAACGAGGAGGUCGGCUCCGCC